AUGGACGGUUCAAUUUUGGAAUACGAUUCAGAAUUUUCUGCUCUUGGAGCAGGAAAACUGGGAGAGUAUGAUAAUGAAUUAAUUGAAGCACCAGAAGAUGAAGAAGAUAAUGAUUUAAGAAAUGAUGAAACAUUUGGAUUUUCUGAUGAUGUUGGAUAUGAUUGGGAAGAAGAUGAUAAUAAUCCUCUGAUUGUUGGUUUUCCGCUGAGUGGCAAGCCAGGUCAUGGUUCUGAGAGAUCCACUGGAAAACUUAGUCCCAAAUCCUUUUCGGAUGAUAAUUUUGAAGAAGUAUUCCGGACACAGGGUGAAUAUCUGGAGGAAAGUAUCUAUAACCUUGUAGUAGAUGAUGAUGACUAUGAUGUUGAUGAUGAUGAUGACCUUGAUAUCGCUGAUAGAAGGCUUCAUGGGGUUUCUGUUUCCCAUACUUCUAGCCAUGCAAAAGAUGUACCAAAGAAACCUGUUAACCUCAAUGAAUUAUUUGGUCCAUCUUCUCCACCUGGUCUCUUGGAGACUGAGCACUUGGUAUCACCGACUAGUCGCAGCAUCUGGAGGUCUCCACCCAUGGAAAUUUUGCCGACUCGCAAUAUUGCACCUAAGCCCAACCAGCCUAAUCCACCAGAUAACUUGCAAUCUUUAUUUAAUAUGGCCAAAUGCACUGGGCAAACAAGUUUACAACAAGCCCCUAAGAAGGUGUUGGAGUCUUCUCGUAGCAUCUCACGGCCUCACACUCUUGCUGAAGUUGAGAAGAAACUGUUUUCGAGUGUGCUGACUGCUGAGGAGUUAGAGCGUCACAUGAGAGGUGAUACCUCCUUAUCAGGCAGUCAGGUUCUGGCACAUGUUUCUCCAUUUUCUAUAUCGGCUCCUAUUCCACCAGUUGGAUCAGCACCUGCCUCCCUUCCCUCACAGGGGUUCAAUAAACCACAGGAACCACAACAGAAAAUUUCUAGCAGUCUUAAAUCUUUGCAAAAUAUUGGCUCUAUAAAUGGUAGAGCUUCUCCAAGUCUGCCACCAGGACUUAUUUCAUCACAACACUUACUACAAAAUGGUGGACCCCCAGCUCAACUUCUCCAAGGAAUGCAAGGCCGUCUUACAAAUGGGCAUGGACCAUCACCAAUACCAGCAGGUAUCCGUCUUGGCUUGAGCCGGAACCCUACCCCUACAGGACAUUCUGCUGCAACCCAAGCUACUAUUGAUGCUAUAAAUAAAGCCAGGUUGUCUUCUCCCUAUCCUCGAAGUUCCAUUGUUGGGAAUCUGGCAUCUAAUCCAAUGUUACAGCGUCCCGUGCCCCGAUUUCCUGCCAAUUUACAGUGUCCGCCUAAUUCAUUGAGACUAGUAGGACCUCCAAAUACCCACAAUAUAAAUGGACAAAGGAUUCCACAUCCAGGAGAAAAUGUUAGGUUCCACAGAGCUCCCCCACAUUCAGUGAGACAGUUUAACAACCAAAAUAGAAACCAUUUCCAUCAACGUGGUAGAGACUAUAAUCGUGAUAGGCCAGAAAAAACACAACCUAUUGAUGAAUAUGCUGGCAUCAUGACGCAGAAAGAGAAAGACUGGGUUAUAAAGAUCCAACUGUUACAGCUACACACAGAUAAUCCUUAUGUAGAUGAUUAUUAUUAUGUGCGAUAUACUUUAAAGAAAACAACUGAGGAAAGGAAGAAAAAUAAAGAGAAUGAUAAAGAUGAACCUAAACUAAUUAUUCCUGCUUUAGCCAAGAUUGAGACCAAAGCUUACACACCAGCUCAUUUUGAAGGCUCACUUGGUCGUGUGUCGACAUCCAGUGUACACAAUCCUCGACAGGUAAUAGAUCUAGUUUCUAUGGCACAUAGUGAUGACCAGGUUGGCAAAUCUUCAGGUCGUGAUGUGUACAGGUAUCGACAAAUGUUAAUGGAAAUUGAAAAGGCAUAUGUUCUACUACUAGAUAUUGAUGAUAUAGAAAAACGGGUGUUGGCAUUACCAGACGAAUCCAGGAAAAGGCUCUAUGAAGAACAAAAUGAGAAGUUAAACUUCCUCUUUCAGAGCUUAGGUACUCAGGACAAUCGUGCAGAUUCAUUCCUCUAUUUGAUGUCUAUCAGGAAAGGGAGGAAAUUAGUUGCAAGAUGUCUUCCUAUUUUCAAUAUGGAUCAGUCUGGAGAAGUUCUGACUACAAUUAUUAAAAAUUUGUCACAUUUGGUUAAGAGAGAUCAGUUGGAAGAGGGUCUUACAGUUUUAUGUGAGUCUGUGUCACAAAGAAUUGGUACAUGUGAUUUCAAGUCUUUGGUUGAAUUUAGUCAACUCUUAUUACGAGAUACUCAGCCAAAUAUCUCCAAAAAGUCAUUGGUACUUGCCCUACAAAAUAAGCUUGGCAGUUCUGUGAUCAGUAGCCUUUUAAACAGAGGGGAAGUUCUUUACAAGAAGACAUUUCCCAUAGACCUGGACAAUCAGCUCCACAGUACAUGGUGUCAAUUUGCUCAAAUUAUUGCUGACACAUUGGACUCGAUGGCAACAACAACUAUUGCCAAACCUUAUUUCCAACAUCCAAAUAUGGCUGUUCACUUUGACCGUCUGCUGCAUAAGAAGCAAGUUGCCUCAUUAGAGGACAAGUUGAGAGUAUUUACAGACAGCUUGUGCUCUAUAAGAAAUUCUUGA